UUAAAUUUAUUGGUUGAAUUGCUUCAAACAAAAUUUUUAUUUUCAUGCCCUCACCAACUCAUUGGUGACUGGAGUUACAUCUAAGGACAACAACUAUUUUCUCUUUAUGGUUUUAGCGUUUCGCAAUAUCACAUUUUAUGCCGUCACAGUUAUAGCCCCCGAUGAAAAUCCUAAUACUGAUGGAAUCCACAUAGGAAGAUCAAAUGGUGUUACAAUUACUAAUAGUAACAUUGGUAAUGGAGAUGAUUGCAUAUCAUUGGGUGAUGGUAGCCAAAAAGUAACUGUCGAAAAUGUGAAUUAUGGACCUGGACAUCGUAUUAGUGUUGGAAGCCUUGGAAAGUUAACAACUGAAGAAAAUGUAGCAGAUUUAAUAGUUAAGAAUUGUACUCUAACAAAAACUGAAAAUGGUGUGAGGAUUAAGACUUGGCCUGAUGGACAAGGAAAAAUUACUAUUACUGAUAUGCAUUUUGAAGAUAUUACCAUGGUUGAUGUUAUGAACCCUAUCAUCAUUGACCAAGAGUAUUGUCCAUGGAACAAGUGUUCCAAAAAGAAUCCAUCACAAAUAAAGAUAAGCAAAGUUACAUUCAAGAAUAUUAAGGGCACAUCUGGAACAAUAGAAGGAGUGACUAUUAUUUGCAGUAGUGGUGUACCGUGUGAAGGUGUGCAGAUUCAGCUUUAG